AUGCCCGACGUGCCAAAGUAUGAGGGGACUUCAGAUCCUCAUAAGCAUAUCACCACCUAUACAACGACGGUGAAGGGAAACAAUUUAGCUCCCCACGAGAUAACGUCUGUUUUGCUGACGAAAUUCGGGGAGACUCUUACGAAGGGAGACCUGACGUUGUAUUCGCUUUUGCCCGAGCAUUCCAUAGACUCCUUUGAGAUGCUCUCAUAUUCUUUCAUGAAGUCCCAUGCCGGGGCCAGAAAAGUUCUAGAAGGAAAGGAUGGUGCUACCAACCGUUCCAGACGAAUGGAAGCUGAAGCAUUCUCUAAAGAUGUUCACAAUCGGUAUGAGUCAAAAAUAAGGAUUGAAGAUGAUCAGCUCGGUUUUCCGGCGUCAGCCAAGGGUCGGGAUCGGGAAAAGAAUAAAGAGAAAUCAAAAGACGAUUUUGAUAUAGAUCGACGGUCUUCAAGGAGUCAGUUUUUGCCCUAUGAACGGGCCGAAGGACGUGGAAGAGGUUUCCGGUCGGCGGAUAGAUUGGCUACCGAUAGGAGAACCGAUCCUGGCCGAAAUAAUAGGUUGUUGCAGAAUAGGGAAACAUCAGGAUCUCAAGAUUCUUCCUACCCCAUACUUUCUGAAUACAAUUUCAAUGUCAGCGUAAUGGAGUUGAUAUCGGCCAUCAUGAACAUUAAAAUGUCUCAGUUCCUGAAGAAAAUGAGAUCUGAUCCCGGCCAGAGGGAUCCUAAUUUGUGGUGCGAAUACCACGUGACAAACGGUCACUGGACUGGAGACUGCCGACAUCUGCGCGAAGAGGUGGCGACACUACUGAAAAAUGGCAAUCUCGGGGAGUUUAUAAGUGACCAAACUACAAACAACUACGGUCGCAUUCGUGAUAAUGCAGAGCCUUCAAAAGUAGGAGAAGAUCCCCCACGCCUGACGAUCAACAUGAUUUUUUGGGGGAACGAGAUUAACGGGGUUACAAUUUCGCCUGCAAAAACAAUGAAGGUAUCAGUGACCUACAACAAAAGACUCUAUGAAGUUGCUGAAGACGACCUUAAUUUCAUUGAGAAAAACGCGGAUGGAUUGCUACUACCGCAUAGCGACGCCCUAAACACAAAACUCCUUGCCUGGUUCAAUCUGGAAAGCGUGACAACCCGGGGAGAUCUUGCUGCCCAUGAAUACAGAGGGGGUGAUGAAGACGACCCUUUUCGAGGUAGUGGACGGCGAUAUGGGUUACAAUAUCAUUCUGGGGAGACCAUGGUUGCACGAAAUGAAGGAUGUGCCAUCAACAUAUCAUCAGUUGCUGAAAUUUCCAACUCCCGAGGAAGUUAA